AUGCCGUCAUCCUGAGGUGUGAUCAGUGGGCUUUAGGACCCAGCAGGCACCUCUGAUGAGCAGGCAGAGCUCGUGGACUGAAGCACAGACAAAGGCAGAGACCGUCUCGCUGUCCUGCAGCCUCCACACCCACCUUCAGCUCACACUGAUUCUCCUGACCUCAUCACCAGCCAGCCAAUCACAUUCCCCUGCCUGCCGCCAUGGAGCUGGACUUCGGCCACUUUGAUGAGCGAGACAAGAUGUCUCGGACCCCAAAGGGGGGGCGCCUGAACGGGCUGCCCAGCCCCACCCACAGCGCCCACUGCAGUUUCUACCGCACGCGCACGCUGCAGGCCCUGACCAAUGAGAAGAAGGCCAAGAAGGUGCGCUUCUACCGCAACGGCGACCGCUACUUCAAGGGCAUCGUGUACGCCGUGGCCACCGACCGCUUCCGCACCUUCGACGCCCUGCUGGCUGACCUGACGCGCUCGCUCUCUGACCACAUCAACCUGCCGCAGGGUGUGCGUUUCAUCUUCACCAUCGACGGCGACCGCAAGAUCAGCUCCAUGGAUGAGCUGGAGGAAGGCGAGAGCUACGUCUGCGCUUCAGAGAACUUCUACAAGAAGGUGGACUACACCAAAAACGUCAACCCCAACUGGUCGGUCAACGUGAAGGCCUCGGCCAGCCAGAAGAACCUGCAGUCCCUGACCAGCAAGGGGGGCGCGGAGGCGCGGGAGGGCAAGGAGUUUGUGCGGCCCAAGCUGGUGACGGUGAUGCGCAGUGGCGUGAAGCCACGGAAGGCCGUGCGGGUUCUGCUGAACAAGAAGACUGCCCACUCCUUCGAGCAGGUCCUCACCGACAUCACCGAGGCUAUCAAGCUGGAGAGCGGCGUGGUCAAGAGGAUCUACACACUCGAUGGCAAGCAGGUCACAUGUCUUCAGGAUUUCUUCGGAGAUGAUGACGUGUUCAUCGCCUGUGGCCCUGAGAAAUUCCGCUACGCUCAGGAUGAUUUCUCCCUGGAUGAAAAUGAGUGCCGGGUGAUGAAGGGGAACCCUAAAGGCAGUGCCCAGAAGGGCUUGGCUAAGAGCCCUGGACCCAUUCGCCGCAGCAAGUCUCCCACUGAGUCAACCAAUGGGACAGGAUCCAGCAGUCAGCUCUCUACCCCCAUCUCUAAGCAAUCUCCCAUCUCUACACCCACCAGCCCUGGAAGCCUUCGUAAGAACAAGGAUCUGUAUCUGCCACUCUCUCUGGAAGAUGAAGACUCUCUUGGGGACUCCAUGUAGAGUCGAAUCUGAGCCAUCAUCCCCAGCCUGUCCUGUCGCAACCUGACCUGUCCUGUUCUUCUCAGAGGUGUCCGUGGUGCUGCCCAUCCCACCACGCUGGGUCCGGAGGUCCUGUCCACACGCUCUGUCGCCUGAGCCACAUGGAAAACAUCCUUCUCUCGCAAGCACUGGCUGCUUCAUUCUGCUGCUGCUUCAGAAUUCACAACUGAACCAUUUACUUUCUCUCUUUUUAUAUCCUGUCAAGCUAAAUUACAUAUACUGUGUAGUGCCCCAAACAUUGUAGAGAUGCAGUGAGGGAUUUGCAUUUUAUGCAAACUUGCCCAGUUGUACAAUUAAACUUUUAACUGUUAACGAUGACAGUGUAGGCCAUCCAGUAAGUUAAUUGUCAAUGUCAUUGUUAUCUGUGUAUGUGUGUUUACAUAUCCACACACGUGCUUGUGCAUGUGUGUUUUUGUAUGUUCGUGUGUGUGUGUGAGUUUCAUAUGAUUAGUUUGAAUGAUAUAUUUAUUCAACCAUAACACAUUCCUCUCUACAAUGUUUGGUUACGUCACAAAUAAUUGAAUCUUUAUGCAGUUGUAGAAUUCUGAGCAGCAAACAUAUUUUCAGGGGUGUGGUGGUCUGACUUGAGUUGUUGCAGUAGCAAUUCAUGAUAUUUUAUUUCUGUUCCUUUUGUGAGUACACUUUCUAUCAAUUCAAAGCUAUAAAAUGAAACUGAGACUAUUCAAAAAGAUUUUUCCUGUGUACAUAUUGUAUAGUCAUUGCUUCAUUCCUGUUAAAGCAUGAAGUUCAAGUCAUGCCUUAGCACUAUAACAUCAAAAAGCAUCUAAUAAACCACAUGAUCUUAGCUGGAAUGAGAUGGAUAGAGGCUCACUUUACAGCAUGUGUUACAUUUAGUGUAUUGCAAUGAAUUAUGAAACUGCUGGACUCCUUCCGAUUGGCUGACACCCUGCAGAUCUCGUCAAAGCCCAGCAGAGACUCAGAGAUGUAUCAUUUCAGUGGUUUAUGAAUGAAUGAAUGGCCCAGAGUUCAUUAGAGCUCCUGUGAUGCUCAGACCCUGGCUAUUUACUAUGAUACCAUAGUAACCAUAGAACCCCAGCACUGUCGCCUGGUAAUGGAUGAUUCUGUACCCUCAGUGGCUGGGAUGGCAAUACAUUCUCCCUGUAUCCAAAAUCACAGGAAACGGAUAUUUGAAUAGCACACAGUAGAGGUGUUUUAAUAUAUACACAAGCUAUUAUUACAUUAUUACAGAACAUGUGGCCUAGCAACACCAUUUAUCAAAUAAACUUAUAAAAUUCUAAAAUUCUGUUUAAGAAAUGUAAAAAAGCAUAUGAAAUAUUUGUGUUUCAAUUUUAAUUGAAGUCAAUGGUGUAUACAUGAUAGAAAUGGUCCAGUAGGAAAGGUGAACUAGCUGUAGGAUUUUACAUGCUUAUACGUGGAUGCAAAGCAGGCCUCUUGGGUAUUUUAGAUUAGUCGGGGUCACCCUCAAAGAUGAAAAAAUGAACCAGACCGCACAUUUAAGGAUAGAAGCUAGAGAUUACAGUGCAUUGCAUUGCUCGGUUCUACAACAGUAAAAGCAACAAACAGGCUUAAGUCUUUCUACUGCACCUCUGUGCUCUUCCUUGAGAGCACUGCAGUGUCUACAAUUGUGCGUUCCAGUGGCAGGGUGCUUUUUUAAACAUGUAAAAAGGUAUUUGUCAGUUUUUUGGGGAAUUUCAGAACUUUUUAUCCAACUUGUUGUAUCAUGUUUUUUGCCCUACAUUUUCUACUGUGUAACAAUAACAAUGUCAGUUGUUUCUGUAAAAGCUCCAAGCAUCACAAGAGAGAGACUGAGGCUGACUCACCUCCUGUGGUGCCUUUUUUUUAGAUUGUGCUCUUUUGAUAAAGUGAACAGAAACACAAACCCUUCGUUUUGCUGAUGAAAGUUUGUAGCCGUUUUUAUUGUCUGGACUUUUUGGACUAACUUCAGUGCAGUGUAAACUUUUAUGAUCUGUUUCUUUACAGGUUGUUUUAACAGGAUUAUAGAAAACAAUUGUGCAGGACUGUGUGUAUUUUUCAGCUUUUAUUAGUUCAUGCAGUUUGGGUUGACUGGGAAAAUCACCUCAAAUGUCCUCUUUUAAUGCUCUUUGCUAAGUGGUUUCUAUCUCUGUAUUAAUAUAACGCAUUUUGCUAUUAAAAGAAUUGUAUUCCA